GUGUGUGAGGGUGUGGGAGCGACACUGUCUUGUUCUGCUGCUACAAGAUGAACACCCACACCUUGCUGCUGCUGCUUGUGGCCACCGUCGCCGCCCACGCCAGAGGGGCGCCGAGGGCUUGGGAGACCCAGAUCCGCUGCUACGCCUCCGCCAACCAACAAGGCGAGUGGUACGACUUCAAUGAGGACAUAUCCAACCUGGCCACCGUCAACUUCGACAACACCAUCGAGAGUAUCAAAGUUACUGGCAUGUGGAUGCUCUACCAGGAAACAGACUACAACACCUACAGCUCCGGUUAUGUUUACUGGAUAGACGGCAUCGACUACACCGGUGACGUUCCCUCUGAAUACACCAACAUGGCUUCGUCUCUGAGAUACGCCGGCAGCCCCUUCCAGCUCAACGAAGACUGCUGGACAAUAUACGCAGGAGAGGGCUUCACCGAGGAAGGUCUGUAUGGCAAUACUGAUGCUGGCAACCUCGACCGACUCUCAGGGGAAGUGUCCUCCAUCGUGCUCACUGGUACUAGCAGCUGGACCUUCUACGACGGCGACAACUUCACUGGGAGACACGUGUGCCUGAAGCCCGAUACUCACCACCAUCACGACCUCCUUAAGUCCCUAGACAUCGGCAUCUUCGCUACGAGCUCCGAUUUCCAGAUGCAAGACAACAGUAUCAGGUCGGUGAAGAAGGGGUGUUUCUCUAAUGUGGUGGUGAGGGCCAAUACAGCCGCUCAUACUGUGGAGAGUUCUCAUAAUGGUGCGUGGGGGAUCAUUAAACUCUAGAGGACAUCCCAUAGUUCGACGUUUCUUCAUGUUUUGAGUCGCUUCUGCUUUCAUGAACCUACACAAUUCUGACGCCUUUUUCCUGGAUGAUUCUACGCGUUCUGAUACCUCCAAAUUCUGAUACACUUUCCUGGAUGAUUCUACAAGCUGUGAUACACCUCCCUGGAUGAUUCUACGCGUUCUGACACCUCCAAAUUCUGAUUCACUUCCCUGGAUGAUUCUACAAGCUGUGAUACACCUCCCUGGAUGAUUCUACGCGUUCUGACACCUCCAAAUUUUGAUACACUUUCCUGGAUGAUUCUACAAGCUGUGAUACACCUCCCUGGAUGAUUCUCCAGGUUCUGACAAAUUAAACCUGAUCAUUUUGCAAACUUUGACAUACUCUUACCUUUAGCAAUCCUACAACUAUGAAACCUUUAUCUUGGACGAGGCUAAUUACCCCAGGAGUAAAGAUUGUCUCUUACUAGUUACCCUGAGGUUGCUUCUUAUUCUCUAUGUACUUGAAUAUUCUGUAAAAUGUGCCGUCUCUCCUGGUUUUCCCUCGAUGUAAGUAGUGCUUCUUACUGCAAUCAACCUAUAGCCGUACUUAAGUUACAUCCUGGUGGUUCACUCACUAGAUACGCCUAGGCUUAUGAUCGUGCCGUAGAACACUUGCACUAAUGUGAUCAGAGAAAAUGGGGGGAAACUAAAAUCUGGAAUAAUAUACAGAAGCUUUACUGAUUGCUCGUGCUGGCGCUGUGUUUAUGGUGCGGGAUAUACUCUUAGCACGAGAAGCAUUUCCUUGUUUAUCUUCAUCCUACAAUAAUAAGACAGACACCUUCUUCCCGUAACACCUCAUCCCUCGACUCUAUUUUGGAAUCUGUCUGGUGUGUAAGAUAGAGCGGCUCUUCCUCUUGCCGAAACGGUAGUGUGAAAACUAUUUUUUUUUUAACCAUGCACACAUCAUUCUUGAAUCUGCACAAAAACUCAUUAAAUAAGCAAUGUGUACUAUAA